GUUUUUCUCUUCAUUAUUGGAGCCAGGAGGAGGUUCCUCUCCCUCUAGGAAGAAAUUACCAAACUCAUACGGGCAAAAUGGUCAAUUCAAGCAGUUAGCUUUAUUUCAAACUCCAUUUAUGAAGAUAGCAAAAGAGAGGAAACUUGAAGGAAGCUCACAAAAAAGAAAAAAAGACGCGGACUGGUCACCCAUUUUCAUCAGGUUUCCUUUUCUUCUAUUGUGUUUAGUUUUUCUCUUCACUUUCACACGUGAAUCGUCAUUUUCUCCAUUUUUAUUGGAUUUGUCAUUUGAAGUUUGAACACUUUCUUACUCAAAUUUCAUCGUCGACGGUAAUCAGUGAUACCUACCCACCUUAUUUAAGUGAAGCCAAUAAAUAGUCUCAUGUGUUAGUCUAAAUUAAAUAGUCAGGUUUAAUAUAUCGCUCAAGAGACAAUUAAUACUAUUUUUUUUAUGAGUAAGACAAUACAAAUUUUAUCACAAGAGAAUUUACAAACUUGAGGAAAGAUAUAUUUGUUUUAAAAGGAAAAACAACCACCUUUAAUGUGUCUGUUACUGUAAAUGCCAAUUAAUACUCUUCGUAUGUGUAAUUUUUAUUUGACUUAGUGUGUGUGUACGUGUGUUUUUUCCUUGUCAGACUUUUCAUUUUGAAAACGUUUGGACUCGUUCAACGAGCAUGACAUAGAAUAAUAAUGCAAUUAACUGUAUGUAAUAAAAGGUCUUGGUCUUUUUUAAGCUUAAUUAAUUAUGGAGAAGUUUCAAAGCUCACAAAUGCAACUUACUAUAAUAAAAGAUCUUGGUCUUUUUAAGCCAUUUUGCGUAGAAAUAAGCCAAUUCCUGCUUCUUUAUAAAGAUCAAAACGUACAAGCAGCAGGCAGAGCAAGAAAAAAAAAAACACAAGCGAAUACACUAAAUUGUGUGUGACAAAGACGACAUUUCAACUAGAAAAACAGAAAAGCAAAAAAAAUGGCCGCAGACAAUCCAACUAGAAAAACAAAUAGUACCAGCAAAAACGGAGGUAAAGGCGUGACAAACACGACAUUCUCAGCAUUUGGCAGCCUCAUAAAGCUGCUCCCUACAGGCACUGUCUUCGUGUUCCAAUUCCUAAACCCCGUUGUGACUAACAGCGGUGAAUGCAACGCCACCAACAAGUGGCUCAGCAGCAUUGUUCUCGUUGCAUGCGGGUUGAGUUGCGCAUUUUCUUCCUUCACCGAUAGCUACAUAGGCAGCGACAACCAGAGGCAUUACGGCAUCGUAACCCCCAAGGGACUGUGGCCUUUUUCCGAACCAGAAAAGUCCAAGUCCGUUGACAAACUCUGGUUGGGUGACUUCGUGCGUGCUGCGUUAUCGUUGUUAGUGUUCGCGGUGUUGGGGCUGUUGGACACCAACACUGUGCACUGCUUCUACCCCGGCUUUGAGGUUACUCAGAAAAGUCUGCUUCAGGUGCUCCCCACGGCUAUUGGGGUUUUUGCAGGUGGGGUUUUCAUGAUUUUCCCCGACAAGCGAAAUGGAAUUGGAUACCCUUUGAAUUCUAAUUCUGAUUCUAAUCACACCUCUAAUAUAUCUGAUGAAACCGCCCCGAUUGACAAUGCUUAGUGAUAUUAUCCUUUCUUUUCAUAAACAAAAUAGUUUGUUCCUUUUUGUUGUUUUUUUUGGUAAUUAAUGUUGCUGCAGAAACUUGGGCCUCUGAAAAUAAUUUACCUGCUCGGCAUGAAAUGUCGUUGUAGUAGUCUUUUCUAUUUCUUAUAACCGUAAAGUGAAGAAUCGUCUUUUGCUUUGCAGCCACUUUGGCUAUGAUAAUUAACUACUGCUUAUUGGUUGAAACUUGGGUUGGCGUUGUGUGUUUGUCCUGCUUGCUUUGCAGCGACUUGGACUGUGUAUUGCUGUUUAUUUCAUAGCAGGUUAAUCUGUUUCAGAUUUA